CGCGCGCUUCCUAGUUGACUUGUUUUAAUCGGCUGGCGCCGGAGUUUACUUCAGUCGUUCAACCGCGUUCCUCGUUGGAGUACGUUUACCAAUUUCAUCUAAUCCUAUCCCAAUACUAUCAGUACUAGUGUCGUCGCAUGGCAAGCUGUAUUUAUUCAGUAUUACGAAUGCUAUGACACAAUCUUGUGAAGUCUUAGCUAUGAUGGAUGCACAUACUACGACAUUUGGUCGUAAACGCGGCUGUACAAUUUCAAGAUGCGGUGCAUUUUUACUCACGACAUUUUUCAUCCUUGGUAUUGUAGCGACAGGGUUACUAGUAUAUCAUUUUGCGCCUUGUCUUAAUGGUAAAUCUGUCGACAAUGCGGACAAUUUUGCGGACAGUGCACUCUUGAAUUCCGCACGGACAUUCGCCACGGCAGAUGCGCACAAAAAAAAGAUUGACGUUCGUCUACCCAAGUCGGUAAUUCCUGAUUCUUAUGAAAUAAAAUUGAUGCCAUUUAUUUGGGAAGGGAAUUUCACAUUUAAUGGCGAGGUAACUAUUUAUGUGAAUGUAACAAAGGAUACUAAGAACAUAACACUGCAUGCAGCAGAUAUGAAAAUAGAUUAUCAACGAACAACAAUAAAAGAAUAUAAUAAUAAUUCUAGUACUAAAAAUGUAGGUAAAUGGUUUAAAAUAUUUGACCAAACAAACGACACUGCCAGACAAUUUCACAUAAUCCAUACUAGCGAGACUUUAAAAGCUGGCACGCAGUAUGUAGUUUACCUAAAGUUCAUUGGCUAUCUCAAUGAUUACCUCCAAGGCUUCUACCGAAGUUCUUACACUGCGGGAAACCAAACAAGAUGGAUCGCAACAACUCAAUUCCAAGCCACUGACGCUCGACGUGCAUUUCCGUGUUUCGAUGAACCCGCACUUAAAGCUAAGUUUCAAAUAAGUAUUGCGCGACCUACAAAUAUGACGUCUGUGUCAAAUAUGCCUCGAAUAGGCCAACCUGAACCAGUGCGUGGAAUGCCUUCGUAUGUUUGGGAUCACUAUCAACGUUCAGUGCCAAUGUCAACUUACUUAGUAGCAUUUUUAGUUUCUGAUUUUGAAGUUUUGAAGUCGGCUGAUAAUUUGUUUGGAGUUUGGGCACGUCGAGAAGCUAUCGAACAGGCGCGAUACAGUUUAGACAUUGGGCCUAAGAUACUUAAACACUACGAAGACUAUUUCCAAAUUAAAUUUCCGCUUCCAAAAAUGGAUAUGGUUGCAUUACCAGAUUUUGCUGCCGGCGCUAUGGAAAACUGGGGCUUAAUUACUUACAGAGAAACAGCAAUGUUGUUUCAAGAAGGCGUAUCAACCAGUAAUAGUCAACAACGUGUGGCAACAGUAAUUGCUCAUGAAUUAGCUCAUCAGUGGUUUGGAAACUUGGUGACUCCCAGUUGGUGGUCGGAUCUAUGGUUAAAUGAAGGAUUCGCCAGCUACGUCGAGUACAUUGGUGUUGAUUCCGUAGAGCCAGAUUGGAAAAUACUCGAACAAUUCGUCACUUACGAAGUACAGAAUGUAUUUAAUCUCGACGCUUUGGCUUCAUCCCAUCCAAUAUCUAUCGAAGUCGGACACCCAGACGAAAUAAGUGAAAUAUUCGACCGAAUUUCUUACGGCAAAGGCGCUUCAAUAAUUCGUAUGAUGGAUCACUUCUUAACUACUAAAGUAUUCAAGCAGGGAUUAACGAACUACUUGACCGCUAAAGCGUACGGUAACUCAGAACAGAAUGAUCUUUGGAAUGCAUUAACAAAUCAAGCGCACAAGGAUCACGUAUUGUCAACAAGUGUUACCGUAAAACAAAUAAUGGAUACUUGGACUCUUCAAACUGGUUUUCCAGUGGUUACAGUUAUACGUGAUUAUAAAUCAGGCAGCGCUUAUUUAACUCAAGAACGUUUUAUGCUUCAAAAUAGUACUACAGAAGUAUCAAUGGGUGAAUCGUUAUGGUGGAUACCAAUAACGUACACUACUGAAGCUGUCAAAAAUUUUAACAACACCAAACCAUCACACUGGAUGAAUGCUCAACGUUCGUUGUCAUUAUCAAACAUUGGAGCAUCAAAUAACCAAUGGGCUAUUUUCAAUAUUCUUGAAACGGGAUUCUAUCGUGUUAAUUACGAUAAAGUAAACUGGCAAUUAAUCAUAAAACAAUUAAACACAGCUAAUUACAAAGAUAUAUCAACAAUAAAUCGCGGUCAACUAAUUGAUGAUGCCCUUAAUUUAGCCCGUGCUGGAAGAAUUGAUUACUCGACUGCACUUGAUGUUACUUCUUAUUUGGCCCAUGAAACGGAAUAUGUACCUUGGAAAUCGGCUCUAACAGCUUUGAAUUAUCUUGAUAAUAUGUUGAAUAAAUAUCAGGGUUACGAUAGGUUUAGAGUUUAUAUGCUUAAGCUUUUGGACAAUGUCUAUCGCGAAGUAGGUUUUAAAGACACUCCUGGCGAUCCUCAACUCACCGUUUUUACACGUAUUGAUAUACUUCUUUGGGCGUGUACUUUUGGUCAUGAUGAUUGUGUUCGUAAUGCAGUUAUGCAAUUUCAAAAUUGGCGCAAUUCGCCAGAUCCAGAUACAAGUAAUCCAAUUUCACCGAACUUGAAAAGUGUCGUUUAUUGUACGGCAAUCAGAACCGGUGGGCAAGCUGAGUGGGACUUUGCAUGGGAACGUUAUCAAAAAACAAAUGUAGGAUCGGAAAAAGACUUACUUAUGUACGCACUUGGAUGCUCGAGAGAACCAUGGAUUUUAAGCCGGUAUCUCGAAUGGGCGACUACUGAAAACUCGGGAAUUAGAAAACAAGACACAUCACGUGUAUUUAGUGCUGUUGCUAAUAAUGCAAUUGGUCAACCACUCGUAUUUAGUUUUCUAAGAAAUCAAUGGGCUCGUUUGAGAAAAUUCUGUGGAUCAUCUUUAUUAGCAAUCAAUAAUAUUGUUAAAUCUGCCACCAAAAAAAUAAAUACAAAAUAUGAACUAAAAGACUUAUUAGACUUUGCACAAGAACAUAGCAGUGAAUUGGGUAGUGCUACACGAACUGUUCAACAGUCAGUCGAACAAGCUGAUGCAAAUAUUAGAUGGUUGGACAGGAAUUACAUCACAAUUCGCGAUUGGUUAUUGAGAAAUACCGCGUGAACAUGAUGACAAUAUAAAAAAAAAGUUUAAUGAAUGAGUUAAAUGAGUCUGAGUCGUUUGAUCUGAAUUGUUAGAUAUUUAAGAAAUUUUCUAUGAGCUUGUUAUUAAUUAUUAUACCAGCUCAUUAGAAAUAAAAAUUGUGUGGUUUGUUUUGUAUGUAUUUGUAAAUAUUUAAAAAAAUAUUGUAAUAUGUAUAUGAGUGAUUUAAACUGCUAAUAAGCAGCAAUAUUUUCGAUAAAUUGUUCUAAUUAUUAUAUAAUAUUAUAAAUUAUUAUUCAUAUUUUUUAUUACUAUUAUCAUUAUUAUUAUUAUUAAUAAUAUUAUUAUUAGUAUUAUAAA